AUGGAGCUUCAAUCAUGGGAUGCCUUUCAAAAGACGUUGCCUCCUGCCAAGCACAUGAAAGAAAUCCAUAGAAAGAACCUAGCACUUCGUCAUCCCCAAACAUGUAGCUGGGUUUUUGACAGGGAAAUAUACCGUCAGUGGGAGAAUGAGAGCAAUAACACGCUCUUCUGUAUCGGUCCGCCUGGGGUGGGCAAGUCGAUUCUAGCUGCCGCGGUAAUCGACGAGUUGAAGACAUCAGAUUGUCUAGUGCUCUUCUUAUUUUGCGAGAACCAUUCUCAGCAAAUGGAUUUCCUCACGGGAUGUCUGAUCCAACAAUUACUCGAGCGUAUCGAUUACGGCACAGAUGUGGAAUUGUUGUCGAAGCUCUCGGGGCCGAGGAAAGACGACAACGUCGGGAACAGCAAUGGUCAAACGGCUCUUGAAUCGUUGCUGUGUCACCGGAGCACCAAAAAUGACACCGAGAGGGCAAGAAUCUCACUCGUCUGGGAUGGACUUGAUAGACUUGACAUUGAAGUUUCUCGCAGCCUUCAGUCCUUCUUCAGUCGCCUUCGUGCUCAGAUCGACAUCAAGAUUUUCGCCACUUCAACGUUUGACGUGUCUCUGACAAACGAAGACAGUUCAAUUACGACCCUACCAAUGCCAGUUUCGGACACAACGGACCUGAAGGAGUAUAUCACUUCUCAAGUGAAGCCACCAGCGUCGUACUCGAUCCCAGAGCACAUCGAGUUUUACGAAAUUAUUUUGAGAGCAACUGAGGGGAUAUUUCAUGUCGCGAGUCGUAUCGUCGAGGAACUUUCGCCGAUGCACACGAAGUUCGAGUUCCAACGAUUCUUGAGACAUUGGACUCAAGAACGUCGGCAUCUGAACCACGUCUUCGGCGAACUAAUUGAAGCGCGUUCAGAUCAUUUUCAGUCUGGUCUCGCUUCGCACGUCAUCGACUGGCUUACUUUCUCUAACCGAGCACUCACAAUGCUCGAGCUUCAGCAUGCUCUGGUAGCGGACGUCUCAGAGUACCUGCGUGUGCCUCCGACGCCAGAGAAGAUCGCGUCUGCAUUGCACGGCAUUGUAACAAUCAAGGGAGAGCAGGGAGGACAGUCAAUAUCCUUUUUCCACUGCGCUGUCAAAGACUACUUUUGGCACGAGAGAAGCGACCGGGCUCCCAAGAUUCAUGACAACAUCGUCAGCUAUUGUCUGAGGCAGCUGUCGAGGAUAUCCUCCGACGAUGGGUUCUGCAAGUCGGACGAGGACUUUGAAGAGAGGUUAAGCCACAACCCAUUCUUCCUCUACGCUGCUUGUCACUGGGGGUUCCAUACGCAGACAUGUUCGGAGCCCGUUGCAGCCGCUAUGAGGUUUCUAGACAACCGUGCCAACGUCGUAAUGUCAAGCCAGGCCAUUCUCAUCGAACAAUCCUCAACAAAGACACCCGGGUAUACGCAGCGCGUCCCUAAGAACGUCACGGGACUACACCUAGCAGCUUAUUUCGGGAUACGAACUGCUGCUGAAGAGCUCCUCAGCGAGGGAACUGCACCGCUGAGCUCUGUCGACACGCAAGGUCGGACGCCACUUUGGUGGGCCGCGCAUUAUGGACAGGAUAAGGUAGUCCGACUGUUUUGCCGAAGUGACACGGCCACACUCUCACUGCUUGUCGUGGCCAAAGAGAGGGAUCUAAUCAAAGUCUUGCUCGAUGGCAAGUACAAUGUGAAUAUCGCCGAUGCCUCGCUGGAUACCCCGCUGCACCACGCCGUACGCCGGAGCUAUGGAAACAUAGUUGAAGAUCUCUUGUCCGCUGCUGCCAACGUCAACGUGCAGAACAUGGGAGGCGAAACACCGCUUGCAAUAGCACUCAAUAAUCGCAAUAGCAACAUAAUCAACCUCCUCAUUGGAAAAGGAGGGUAUACUGAUUUCGUGAAUACGGCCAAGUUCCGCAGGGCGCACGGGUGGCAGGACAGCCAGACUCUAGAGAUCUUUCGAGAUGACAAGACCACAGUUCUACGGCUAAAGCCAGGAGACAGACGCUCGUUCGAGGAUUGGGGGCCGACCGAGAGAUUCUCAUUGCAACAACAGAUUCUCGGCGACGCCCCAUUUUCACCUCAGCUUCGUCGUUUGACAGACAAUCUUCAGAUUGAGGAACUGAAUCUCAAGAUCAUCUCACAAGAAGACAACAGGAGUCACAUCACCUACUACAUUGAGGCAUUCAUGUGGAACUCUCCCAAUAAUGACGAAGCUCUGCCUUGUGAACAAUUAGUGCUGUGCUGGGAUGUCUUCCGCGAUGAGCAAACCCAUCAAUGGCACACAAAAGCUCACCUCACCACCAUGCCACACAUUUGGCUUCCGGAUAAUGGCGCGGUCUUUCUGAGGCACUUUCUUAUCCAUGUCAAACAUACAUGGCUUGCUUACUGCGAUGCGAAUCUCGUGGAUCUCCAUCUUCGCAAGAGAAUCAUUGAAUCCAAGGGAUCUGACCCGGCGCUCCUGGAUCACCUCCUUGAGAAUGGACAAAGGUGGCUCAGCCAUCGUCAUAACCUCUCCAAGGUCGCUUCCAGCAUUCGGAAUUUUGCGAGGAAGUACUGCUUACAGCACAACGAGACCGGCGAUCUCGAGGAACUCACAGAGGCGAUAGACCAGCUGGCUGCCGCGGUUGGAAAGAAGCUCGGUGAGUUGGACGAGAACUCGAGAGAUCUCAUUCAGCUGGAGUGCAAUCUCGUAUCUAUUAAAGAAGCGCGACAGUCUGUGCACUCGUCGACGAGCAUGAAGCGAUUGAGCUGGAUCACGUUCAUCUUCUUACCACUAACAUUCAUAGGAACCUUAUUUGGGAUGAACGUAGACAUCUUGGACGGCAAAAAGCCUGCUUGGUGGACUUAUGUCCCUUUCGCCGCAGUCACUUCGCUUCUGACCUCUGUUGUGUGGCUUCUGUUCAAGUUUACUGAGGUUAGUAGAAUUAUGAUCUCCACCUCAGUGUAA